AUGCGGGUUGCUGGCGAGAACGCUGUGGUCGCAGCAUGCGUCCAAACUAACUCCUUUCUCAGUGACUAUUGUUUGGAUGUGGUCUGUACUGUUGGCGUAAUAAUAUUCAGGAGGCGGUACCAACCUUCGCCCCGAUCUACUGAAGAGAUCCGCUCUACUACCGUGGAUAUCUUAUCUCUACUCAUAUGCGUAUCGAUUGUUUACAACCAGCCCAUUCCACUAACUGUGGAGGCGGUACCAACCUUCGCCCCGAUCUACCGAAGAGAUCCGCUCUACUACCGUGGAUAUCUUAUCUCUAUUCAUAUGCGUAUCGAUUGUUUACAACCCGCCCAUUCCACUAACUGUGCCAUAUCGAUUGCAGCUUGUUUAAGUAGCCAUCGUCGUCCUGUUUGGGAUGGGAACCGUGAUAUCAGUUGCAACCAGCUUCGACUUAAAACGUUUGGCGCGGCUAAACGCUCCUUUGGUGUAGCCCAGUACAUAUGUUUUUUGAAGAAAGACGCCAACUUCGGUGUAUACGGGUUCCGUCUUCAACACUAUCCCAAUGUCAUUCCAACUUGGGCAACAACAUGGGCAAACAUGCUGUUCGUAAAAUGCAUGACGUCAUCCCCUAGUACCAUGUAG